UUAAAUCAACUCCAUUUUUUCAGUCUUUCUAUACUCAACAACUUUCACUAAGAAAAAAAAAUAAUGAAAUUCUUGUUCUUUCUUUAUGUAUAUUUGCUAAAAUUAUUCAUUGAAAUAUCUCUGUACUACAACAAUUAUUACUAUUAUAUGCAUUCCAGGACCCAUAUUGAUCAUUCUGUGUUACAUUAAUUCAAUCUCUAUAUAUUUCAUUUUUCUUCAAGAAAGACUAAUUUACUGUUGAAAAGAUUCAUUGAAAUAUUUCUAUACUGCAAAAAUUGUUAUUAUGGAUUCGAGGACUCGUUUGGAUUAUGCUUUGUUUCAGCUAACACCAACAAGAACAAGAUGUGAUCUUGUCAUAUUUGCUGGUAACCAUUCGGAGAAAUUAGCUUCUGGUUUGCUUGAACCUUUUCUCAUUCAUCUCAAGUCCGCGAAGGAUCAGAUAUCUAAAGGAGGAUAUUCUAUUACUCUUCGACCUUCACUUAGUAAUGUUUCUUGGUUCACUAAAGCGACUUUGCAAAGGUUUGUGAAAUUUGUUAGUACUCCUGAAAUUAUCGAGCGAUUUGUAACUAUAGAAAGAGAAAUUACGCAGAUUGAGAGUGAACAAGCAAAUGGAAGUAUCAAUACUGAAGCAGGAAAUGCAUCAGCUUUUGAUGGAGAUUCCAAAUUCUCUGCUGGUUUUUCAAAGUCCAACGGUGAAUCUGAUGGUGUUGGUGAUGCUGCACAAGAAGAAAAUCCCAAGGUUCGUCUACAACGUGUUCUAGAAACCAGAAAAGCAGUUUUAAGGAAAGAGCAAGCAAUGGCAUACGCUCGCGCUUUGGUAUCUGGCUUUGAUAUGGACAAUUUGGACGAUCUCAUAUCUUUUUCCAAUGCUUUUGGCGCUCUACGUUUAAGAGAAGCAAGCAUUAAGUUCAUGGAGUUGUGCAACAGAAAGAGAGAUGAUGGACUCUGGAUGGAUGAAGUGGCUGCCCUUCAAGCCUACUCACCUUCUGAGUUUUCGUAUUUUGGGAGAUCCGGGAUCACGCUUGCUGCUGAACACAGUGAUGUUACUCAAGAUAUCAGAAGGCAGAAUGAUGAUACCACAAGUCAUGGAAGUUUAGACACUAAUCAAGAAAAUGGUUUACCACCACCUAUCAAAGUCCACUCAACAGAUGGCAAAUUACAACCAAUGUGGCCAAACAAUCUACCACCUUACAUGCAAAACUAUCAAAAUCCAGCACUUCAACAAAUCCCACCAUUUCCAGGAUACAUGUUUUCUGGCAUGCAGGCUAAUCCUGCCUGCUAUCCUGGAAUGCCAUGGCCUGCAAAUCCGGAAGAUUCUAGUCGAGGUCCCGGUUCUGAAUCAGAUUAUAGUUGGAAGAAUAAACCACCUUCCAAGAACAAGAAGAAAUACUCGAAAGGGGAUAGACGCAAAAGCAACAAUUCAAGCUCUAAUAGUGCUUCUGAUGACUAUGCAGAGGAUAAGAAAGCGCACCAUGGGAGAAGUUCAUCAAGAAAGGUUGUUAUCCGCAACAUAAACUACAUAGCCUCGAAUAGAAAUGAACAAAGUGAUCACAGCAGCACUGAGGAUAGUUCGUCUGAUGAGGAUGGAUCCACUGAUGCAGGUUCCCUCAGAAAGCAGGUAGAAGAAGCAGUUGGAUCAUGGGAGAGGCACCAUAACUCAACGUCCUGCAACAAGAAGAAACGAGAUGGAAAGAAGAGAAACAACAGUGGUGGUAAUAUGUCAAAUGGUGCUUGUAAAGAGGAUGCCCAGAAUGAAGCAACCAACAUUGGUAAGAAUUGGGAUAUCUUCCAGAACAUUCUUAUGAAAGAUGCAGAUUCAAGAUCCGAAGACAUGGGGACAAAAAGUGUCCAGGAAGAGUACUCGGUGGCAAAGAAGUUGACUCCUUCAACUGAUUCUCUUAUUGUGACUGAGAGACACAAGGGACAUGAUGAUGAAAUCCCGCGACAAAACAUGGGGGAGGAGAAGCGGCUUCGACCAGUUAUUAGAAGAGAAAGCACAGAAGAAGAGUUGUUAUUUUCGCAUAGAGCUCAGGAACCAAAAGGCUAUCCUCAGUUUAUCUUGUCCAACAAUGCCACUGAACGAGUAGUCCUUAAGAACAAAAAAGAGGAGGAUUGGUUAGCUGGAAAUCUACUAAAUAAAUCAACAUAUCAAGGAAAAAGCUCAGACCAAAGUAUCUUUACUGAUGAUUAUGCUUCAGCCUCUCAUGAUGGUCAUUUGGAGACGGGGAAAGAUAAGAAAGGCAUUCAAUUUGAUGACUCCAUAGUGGUUCAAGCUCAUUCAGUUGAUACGACGUCUGAUUAUCACCAGAAGACAGACAUGUUCAUGGUUUCAGACAUCGUCGGAGCUGAACAAGUUAAGCACAACAUGCCUAAUCAUGUAGAAGAUAAGCUUGAUCCUUCUGAUGCAUGUGAACCAAAUGACCUUUUCAUGGUCCUUGGAAGGGAUUCAGCCACUGAGCAAGUUUCAGCCUCUCGGAAUCCAGAAAUGUAUGACGAAAAUGAUGUCUUCUUGUCUGAAACUCUUAAGAGUCGCACUGAUGCCAGACCAGCUUCUGCUGAUACAAAGCUUCACCAAAAUGGUGAAGGAACCAACAAAAAGAUCAGUAAGGACACUGGACGAAAGGCAGUUAGCAAAGAGCCAAAAUCCAAACCUGCUGUCAGAUCUCUUGAAAGGACCAAAUCCGAGACCUCAUCAAGAAUCAAGAAAUCGCCAUCUGCAAGUAGUCGAACCACAUUGCAAAAGAGCAAAGCUGAUAAGGACGAGGAGAGUAGAAAGAGACUUGAACAAUCAUUGUUGCAACGUCAAAAGAGAAUUGCAGAAAGAAGUGGUGGCACUGGUUUAACCAAACCAAGUUCAAGAAAGAAUCCGAAAGAGUCAACCACAUCUUCAAAAAUUGAGAAGCCAAAAUCUAAGGCUCCAACUGAGGCAACCAACAGGUUACAAAAACCAGUUUGUAAGAGUUCCACUAUUGAACGCCUUGCGUCAACAAAGACAGCUAAGGAUCGAUCGACCGACUCAAAAGCCGGUCCAAGCAAGAAAGCAAGCCAGAAGGAGAAUAAAGUGAUCGCUCCAUCAAAGAAACCAGCUGGAAAAGACAGUAAGCAAGUUCCACAUAAGGCCAAGCCAUCGGAUACCAAAGUUCAUUCUUCAUCUGAUUCUCAGAAGGAAAAAGAUAUCGAGAAUGACACAAAAUUAAUGUCAACUGAACGUGGAUCUGAACUAAAACCGCAGAUUACUAGUGAAACUGUUGAUGCUAAGAACACGGAGGAGGUACAUACCAUAUCAUCGGAUGACAAGAAGAUAGAUAUACCUAUGCUUUCUUCUGACCAUUCAAUAGAUGACAAGAAACAAAGUUCUAACAAGACCGUAAAGUUCUUACUGUCUGAAGUUGAAACAUCAGCAGCAGUUGAUGAUGCUAUUGGAGUUAUAAGUCCUCUGACUUCCUCUAUAUCGAAUGUGCAUAUGGCCAGUAACAUAAAGUUGGACCCUCCAGUAUAUCAAGAGAUACAGUCUAAUGAAGCUUCCACCCCACCACCAAAUAAUGAAAUGAACCUCGAGAUGAACCAAGGAAGAAGGAAAUGGACAACUGAUGAAAGCUCUUUUAAAGUUACCAAAGGAUUCAGAAAGCUUCUUUUUUUCGGUCGAAAUAACUGAGUUCUCUCCUUGUGAUCAAGUCAUGGCAUUUGCUAUAUCAAAAAUAAUACAGAAAGCUGCAUGUUUUAAGGCAUUGGUGGACAUUGGUUUUUUAUUUGGCUGACAUUUCUUAUACUGCUGUGAAAUUCUGUGUGAUGAGUGUUGUGGUUUUUAUGUAAUAAAAACCUUGUAUACUAAGAAUAAAUUUAUGUUCUGUGUAAUGUGUUUUCAAGAUCCUUCCUUCUCUGCCUGAACAAAAGUAGAGAAAAAAAAAAGAAAGGCUCAUUUAAUUCUCUUUUGUUGUAUAAUUUUAUUGUUUUGUUUCAAAUUUUUGUUAUGAGUUGCCUUUGAGUGACUUACUAGACCCUAUGCAUGACUAUCAAAACUCCUUAAGAAGCAACUUUUUUCUUGUGUUAGAUCCU